UUAUUGUCAUGUGCAUUGAUCUUCACUCUGAUGAGAGCUCAGACGUGAUAGCACUCCUGGUUCCCUGUCCCUGUAGGAGCUGGUGUGAGUGUUGCUCGCUACCUCCCCGCCAUUCACUACAGCUAUUGGAUUUCCCACCCAGAAUCUUUAGGUAAAUGAGAUCAUGAUUCUGGAAGGAAGUGGUGUAAUGAAUCUCAAUCCCAGCAACAAUCUCCUCCACCAGCAGCCGGCCUGGACAGACAGCUACCCCACGUGCAAUGUUUCCAGCGGGUUUUUUGGAGGCCAGUGGCAUGAAAUCCAUCCUCAGUACUGGACCAAGUACCAGGUGUGGGAGUGGCUCCAGCACCUCCUGGACACCAACCAGCUGGACGCCAGCUGCAUCCCUUUCCAGGAGUUUGACAUCAACGGCGAACAUCUCUGCAGCAUGAGUCUGCAGGAGUUCACCCGGGCGGCGGGGACAGCGGGACAGCUCCUCUACAGCAACUUGCAGCAUCUCAAGUGGAAUGGCCAGUGCAGCAGUGACCUGUUCCAGUCCACACACAAUGUCAUUGUCAAGACUGAACAAGCCGACCCUUCCAUCAUGAACACCUGGAAAGAAGAAAACUAUUUAUAUGACACCAACUAUGGUAGCACAGUAGAGUUGUUGGACAGCAAAACUUUCUGCCGGGCCCAGAUCUCCAUGACAACCAGCGGUCACCUUCCCAUUGCAGAGUCUCCUGAUAUGAAAAAGCAGCAAGACCAACCAACAAAGUCCCACACCAAAAAGCACAAUCCGCGAGGGACUCACUUAUGGGAAUUCAUCCGCGACAUCCUCCUGAACCCAGACAAGAAUCCAGGGUUAAUCAAGUGGGAAGACCGGUCUGAGGGCAUCUUCAGGUUCUUGAAAUCAGAGGCUGUGGCCCAGCUAUGGGGGAAAAAGAAAAACAACAGCAGCAUGACCUACGAAAAACUCAGCCGAGCCAUGAGAUAUUACUACAAAAGAGAAAUUCUGGAACGUGUGGAUGGACGAAGACUGGUAUAUAAAUUUGGGAAGAAUGCACGCGGAUGGAGGGAAAAUGAAAACUGAAGCUGCUGACACACACUGAACGCAAACCUAAACACAUCCCAAAUGCUAACCAAACAAGAAGUCCCUGGACGUAAAUAUUUCAAAGACUACUUUUCUCUGAUAUUUAUGUACCAUGACGGGGAAAAAAAAUACAUCUACUUCUAACAGGAAGAAGGAACAUGACAGUUGAUAGAAUUAUUUUGUUACUUUGAAGUAUGUCCUAUAUGGGGAACAAACGUACACAGUUUUCUGUGAAAUAUGACACUGUAUGUGGCUGUGAUUUGUUUUUGCCUCUAUUGUGAAGUUCUUUUCCACUGCAAGAACAGUCUGUAGCCAUGUGCUUCUUGCUAAGGA